UCCUCUUUUAGGCAGAGAUUGCAUCUGCCUCCACUGCAUUUAUCAGAGAGGGAGAAUUAAAUCCCAUGGGGAAAAAUAUAUAAAUAUAAUGGAAAACAGCCCCCGGUGCAAAGACAUACUGUGGGCCCAGGAUAGAGCAUUGCAGUAUGGGUAGUCAUUUAUUUCUGAAGCGACAACGGGGCCGAAACGAGGAUGUCUCAUAGAAGUCAACGAGGAUCAGCGUCAUAAAACACCGGAAUUAUGAGAUGAGCACACGAGAAUGGACCGGGAGGAAGAGAGUGGAAUUUGCGUUUAAUAUCCACUCUGGAUGAGACUGUUUAGUUCAAAUUUCAUGUUUUUAAUAGCCUGUUAUGUCGGCUCAGUCCCUUCCCUCAAUACCAUUUAGUUAGUCACUGGAAACUGGCAGAUUUCUACAAUUGUAGCCUACAAGAUUUAUUCUGAAUUCGCCCGUUUUGCAGCUCUGGCACCGACGGUAAUUCGAUACAUUGUUAAAUGUUUCUGCACGCAUUUGUUGGCAAAGCUUUGCCACAUUGUAGUUCGCUACAUUUUAAUGAGCAAGGCUGUAUUGGCAUUAACAAAAUAUGUGUCAUUAUCAAUAUUGGCGCGGCUCGUCUGAUAGUUAUAGGCUACCCGUCCCUAUGAGCCAUUGUAGAGACUUGAGCUUUUUUUUAGGUCGAUAAUUAAUAUAAGGGAGAUUGAAUAAUAUAAGUGAAAUAGCCUAUUGUAAUAUUUUCGCGUGUUGUUGUCUUCUUUGGAACAAAACAUGCACGUGCAUAUAAUUAGACUUCACGCCUUCGUUGGACUCCUCACCCGGAAUGCACCAUCGUAGUUCCCCUGGCAUACCUACUCGCUAUGACAGGUUGGCACACAUAAAGUCUACUGUACACACAGAUGAACCACCAGACCCGGCCCUGUCAUCAACGGGAUUAUCAGAAUGAAGUAAAGCUCCGAAUAGGCUACCCGACAUCUCCCGUGUUGUAACAGGCCCGCACCGGCAAAGGACUGCAGACCAUAAGUGGACAGUCUGCUAAAAAGGUUGCACUUGUCGAGUAUUUAUUAGAACUUCUCUGUCAGUUGGGACUGGGAGCAGUAGCCUAUUCCAAUUUUCAUUGUGGUCCGUUCGUGUUCUACACUGCGCUCUAUGCGCAGACACGUUGUCUUUGGGUUGUGUUCAUUUUCGAAGUUCAUGUUUGUUUUAAUGUUAAAGUAGCAAGCUAUUCGGGACAUUGCCUCAAUCAGAGUUGUCAGUUGUGAAUAGUGCGACUUUUCAGCCACCAAGAAAUGGUGGUUCGAGUGUUCUGCUGUAGCAGCUGUAGGCAAGUGUCAACAUUUGAAGGAUGAGCCUUGGAUAUUCGAUUCAGAGCUUCAAGUCAGUGUGGCAGCAGUGCCUGCACACAGAAUCACUCACAUUCCGAGACUGCUUCUCAGAUAAACAUUACAGUAAAAAAUGAGACUGCUUCUCAGAUAAACAUUACAGUAAAAAAACAAUACAAAACGAAAUUCGUUUUUUAUUUUAGUGUAUUCAGAUAUGUAUUGAGUUAAAAGCUUAUUUAAAGCCAUAUUAAAAGUCUGAAAGUAUUUGAAAAUAGCACAAAACAAAAUGGGUUAUCCAUGUCAUGGUUUGGUCUGAAUUUGACAAACUCAUUCUGGCUCAAGUGCUAAAGAAGAAACGCCCCAGACAUCUGCCAGUCACUUUUCAGUUCCUAUUUGGUUCUGUUUUUUUUAUUUUUUAUUCCUGUUUUGUCCAGCACAACAAAAAACAGUCGAGUGCCUCAACUGUGCCAUAUUAUCUCAGAGAUGUUGAUUGACGGAGGACCACGUCAUCUCUGUGUGUGCCCCUUCCACUUCCUGUGUCCAUGCGUGACAAACGGUUCAAGCAUGUUGGACCAGGUAUGAGACUGCACAUGCCACGGAGGAACACUGCAGGUAGUGCAGACAACAUGGCCCACAUAGUUCGUUAAGAAGGCUAUGACAGAGAGAAUUACUACACACUUCAGAGAAGAGAGGAGUAUGUGAGUUAUUUUCCCACAGACUCAGUGCCACAUUGGAAUCAGUGCUCGGGGCAACCAAUUACAGUUUUGAUUGAACACUUCUUCCUGCUCGCUGUGGGAAAUCCACCCUGAUCUGGACUUUGAGACUUUGUCGUAUUCCACUUGUUUUUUUGAUUACUCGUUAUUGCCUUUCCCAUUCGAUAUUUUUCGAUAUAGCCAUCUUCAAGCACAUUUGGAGUCACAUAACAGGAUGAAAUCUGUCCCUUUUUUAAAAAUAGGGGUUGUUUCGAAUCGUACCAGUUGGAAGGUUGGCAGGACUAAGAACACAUGAGCAGGGUUUUCAUCGUGCCUAGACUACAUUUUUCUCCUAUCCCCAACCUCAAACUGUAAUCCUGAGACUGAGACAUAAGGCACUGUCACUCCUCUACUCCCUGUCCCACACACUUUGGGGGUUCAAAGGGUGAGAACCCCAGUAGACUGAAAAAGUUGUCGCCGUGGUGAUGGGGAGUUCUGCCUCCUCUCUCACCGCAGAGACCGAGUCGGACCACGGGUUCCGGAGCACCCCGUACCCGUCGUCGCCUCCUAUGGGCUGGCUUAGGAACAGCCACAGCAGCCCGGUGUGGGCCACCACCUUCAUUACACGCCAGCAGCAGCCACCACUUCCAUACAGAGAGCGCAGCCACUCUCACUCCCCGGGCUCCAUGGCGGCGGCGGUGCAAGGCAGCGAAUGGUCUUGCGGCCGAUGCACCUUCCUGAACGCGGGGGCGGCGCCGCGCUGCUCCAUCUGUGAGGCGCCUCGCCAGAAGCCUGACCUAAACCAGAUCCUGAGGCUGAGCAGCACCGAAGAGCAGCAACGCUGGGCCUGCCCCCGCUGCACCCUCAACAACCCCCAGGGCUCCGGCGCCUGCACCAUCUGUGGCUUUGGACCCUCGCCAAGCACCCCCACACCGACCACAACCAUGGCCGCCAUCGCCAAUGGCCUCGUGCCGCCGGAGACUCCCACGCCUGUUAUGACUCCCACGGUUCUCAUGGAGCCCCGCGGGCAGCAGCCGUCCAAGGAGGAGGCUCUGAGGAGGUCAGAGAGCAACGGGGAGGUGGGGGGCCUGAGUGGCCCGGGUGGACCCGAGGGGCAGCAACACCACCACUUGGGCUGGGCGUGCCCGCGAUGCACACUUCAUAAUACUCCUGUUGCACUGUCGUGUUCGGCCUGCGGGGGACCAAGGAAACUGUCGCUGCCCAAGAUCCCCCCUGAGGCGUUGGUGGUGCCCGAAGUGCGCACGCCCGGGCUAGGGUUUCCCGUCCACGUGGCACCUGUCCCCCCGCUCCUCAUUGACUUGACAGAUGACUCAUCCACUGCAGCCGCCCCCUGCCAACCCCAGGAGCCCCCCCACAGCCACUUGCCCCCACCGCCACGCUCCUCCCCUUUCACGCCCUUCUCCUCUCUCCAGAACAACCCGGUGCCCCGCAGCAGGAGAGAGGUGCCCCCACCGGGGCGUCCGCCCAAUCCUAACCCCAGUGCCCCAAGCCCAACUUCUCCCUCCACGGCCUACGUGCUGCCCCAGCACUGCCCUGCCAAGCCCAAGCACGCCCAGCCCCAGGAGCCCUCCUUCCCCAACAAGCGCCACAGCGUCCUGGAGGAAGGUGACGACACCCACCCUCUUCCUUAUCACACCUCCCACAUCCCCGUCACAUCGCCACCCACCUGGAAGUGCCAUGGAUGCUCCCUGCCCAACCUGAGCGACUCGUCCAAGUGCGAGGCAUGCCACUCGUCGCGGGCCGGCGCCGACCUCAUCGACCUGGUGGGCUGCGAGUCGGUGCGCUUCACGCCAGCAAACCCCUCCAGUCCGGACUCCAGCACCUGGGCCUGCUCCAAGUGUACCCUACGCAACCCCACCGGGAUGACCAAGUGCUCGGCCUGCUGCUCCUCCAAACUGCACGGCUUCCAGGAGCCUAGUUCUCACUGCUGCCCGCACUGCAGGCUCACCGGCCCCUGCUACUGCUCCUCAGCCUCCUCCACAUUGUCUUCUGGACACAAAGCCAGAAAACAGGCCCGGGUCUACCCCUCGCCCUCGGCCACCAACACCUCCUCCUCUUCUCCCUCAUCCUCGUCCUUCUCUUCCUCGUGCACACUGCUGCAGGAGAAGCAGUGGGGCUGUCCGGCGUGUACGCUGCUCAACGACACCAAAUCGAAGAACUGCGCGGCAUGCCACACGCCUCAGCAGUACCUGACACUGCGCAAGGUGGCCAAGCCGCUUAGGAGGAGGGAGAGCAUGCACGUGGAGGCGAGGCGACGCAACGACGAGGGCGAAGCCAAGGAACUCUGGGAGAACAUCACUACCUUCUGUCGAGAGAACGUGGUGAACUUCGUGGACGACAGCUUCCCCCCAGGCCCGUGUUCCGUGGGCUUCCCCGAGGGUGACAGCGUCCAGCAGCGAAUCAAAAAGUGGCUCCGCCCCCACGAGAUCAACUGCAACAACUUCAAGGACCGGGGUGUCAAAUGGUCCGUCUUCCGCACCCCGCGGCCUUCGGACAUCCUGCAAGGCCUGCUGGGAAACUGUUGGUUCCUUAGUGCGUUGGCGGUGCUGGCAGAGCGUCCAGAGCUGGUGGAGAGGGUGAUGAUCACCAGGGGCAUCUGCCAGGAGGGGGCUUACCAGGUCAGGCUGUGUAAGGAUGGUACCUGGAUAACCGUCCUAGUGGACGACAUGCUGCCCUGCGACGAGUAUGGAUACCUGCUCUUCUCCCAGGCCCAGCGUAAGCAACUCUGGGUGGCCCUGAUAGAGAAGGCCCUUGCCAAGCUCCACGGCUCCUACUUUGCCCUGCAGGCAGGGCGCGCCAUCGAGGGCCUGGCCACGCUGACAGGGGCACCGUGCGACUCCCUCAUGCUGCAGGUCAGCUCCACCAACCCCCGCGAGGAGCCCAUCGACACGGACCUCAUCUGGGCCAAGAUGCUCAGUUCCAAGGAGGCCGGGUUUCUGAUGGGGGCAUCAUGCGGCGGAGGGAACAUGAAGGUGGAUGAUGUGGUGUAUGAGUCGUUGGGCCUCCGCCCUCGCCAUGCCUACUCUAUCCUGGACGUGCGGGACGUACAGGGCUACAGACUUCUGCGGUUGAGGAACCCGUGGGGUCGCUUCUCGUGGAACGGCAGCUGGUCAGACGAGUGGCCGGAUUGGCCGCAGCUCCUCCGCCACGAGCUCAUGGCCCACGGCAGCAGCGAGGGCGUCUUCUGGAUGGAGUACGGAGACUUCAUCAAGUACUUUGACUCGGUGGACAUCUGUAAGAUCCAUUCGGAUUGGCAGGAGGUGCGGUUACAGGGCUGUUUCCCCAGCAGAGCCUUUGGUCCUGUUACGGUCACGGCUCUGACCGUGCUGGAGAGGACCGCGCUGGAGUUCGCCCUCUUCCAGGAGGGCAGCAGGCGGUCGGACACAGCAGACAGCCACCUGUUGGACCUGUGUAUCAUGGUGUUCAGGGCAUCGUUUGGCAGUGGCAACAAGUUGACCCUGGGCCGGCUGCUGGCCCACAGCAAGCGGGCCGUUAAGAAGUUUGUGGGCUGUGAAGUGAUGCUGGAGCCGGGCGAGUACGCCAUGGUGUGCUGCGCCUUUAACCACUGGCAGAUGAAUAUCAGCGGAGUGGGGCUGCCCACACCAGUGUCGAGCCCCACAAGUGCACGGCGUCCCAGCCAAGACUUCCCAGGCUACAUUCUGGCCAUCUACAGCUCCCGUCAGGUGAUGGUGGAGCAGGUGGAGGCUACCGCUACCACGCUGGCCGACGCCAUCAUCCUACUGACCGAGAACAAGGGGGAGAGACACGAGGGUCGCGAGGGGAUGACAUGCUACUACCUGACCCACGGCUGGGCGGGACUGAUCGUAGUGGUGGAGAACCGCCACCCCAAGUACUACCUCCACGUGUCAUGUGACUGUACAGACAGCUUCAAUGUAGUGUCCACCCGCGGCAGCCUCAAGACCAUCGACAGUGUACCGCCUCUACACAGGCAGGUGCUGGUGGUGCUAUCCCAGUUGGAGGGUAACGCAGGCUUCUCCAUCACCCACCGGCUGGCCCACCGCAAGGCCGCACAGGCAUCCCUAGGGGACUGGACCCCCACCAAGGCCACGCACAGCCCCCAGCUCACCCCCGACAUUGACGGCCUGCACCGGCCACGGCCCCUAUGACCAAGGCCCCCCCCCUCCCCCCUCACACACACAAGCUAAUGACACACACGCGUACGUGAACACGUGCGGAAAGAGGGGGCUGUAUCAAGCUGGAAUACACACAUAACAUUUGGAGAGAGGGGGUAAUUGUGGAGACAUGGCUGGGGAGGAUGACUGGACAGAGUACGGGUGGUUUUCCUCCUCCACCUUUUCCUCGAAUUCCUCGAUCCCUGAAGGAUGAGGACUCAACCCUGCCAAACGCACCUGGAUCCAGUUGGGAAUUAGGAGAAGGGGGUGGAUUGAUGUGCCAUUUUGGUUAAAUCGGCAUUUCUGGGUGACUAGAGGGGUCCUGAGCCUGAGAUCCUUCAACCUCCAACCAACAAUGAAGAACGAUAUAUCUAGCCUUGUCAACUACAACGCUGUACGUAUGUCUAACUAUGAACCAGUUACAGUUGAAGUCGGGAAGUUUACAUACACCUUAGCCAAAUACAUUUAAACUCAGUUUCUCACAAUUCCUGACAUUUAAUCCCAGUAAAAAUUCCCUGUUUUAGGUCAGUUAGUCAGAAUAAUAGUUGAGAGAAUUAUUUAUUUCAGCUUUUAUUUCACCUUCCCAGUGGGUCAGAAGUUGACAUGCAUUCAAUUAUUAUUUGGUAGCAUUGCCUUUAAAUUGUUUAACUUGGGUCAAAUGUUUUGUGUAGCCUUCCACAAGCUUCCCACAAUAAGUUGGGUGAAUUUUGGCCCAUUCCUCCUGACAAAGCUGGUGUAACUGAAUCAGGUUUGUAAGCCUCCUUCCUCGCACACGCGUUUUCAGUUCUGCCCACACAUUUUCUAUGGGAUUGAGGUCAGGGCUUUGUGAUGACCACUCCAAUACCUUGACUUUGUUGUCCUUGAGCCAUUUUGCCACAACUUUGGAAGUAUGCUUGUGGUCAUUGUCCAUUUGGAAGACCCAUUUGUGACCAAGCUUUAACUUCCUGACUGAUGUCUUGAGAUGUUGCUUCAAUAUAUCCACAUAAUUUUCCUCCCUCAUGAUGCCAUCUUUUUGUGAAGAGCACCAGACCCUCCUGCAGCAAAGCACCCCCACAACAUGAUGCUGCCACCCCCGUGCUUCACACGUUUGGGAUGGUGUUCUUCAGCUUGACGAUGGUCAUUAUGGCCAAACAGUUCUAUUUUUGUUUCAUCAGAACCGAGAACAUUUUUCAUAAAAGUUGCAAACCGUAGUCUGGCUUUUUUAUGGCGGUUUUGGAGCAGUGGCUUCUUCCUUGCUGAGCCGCCUUUCAGGUUAUGUCAAUAGGACUCGUUUUACUGUGGCUAUAGAUACUUUUGUACCUGUUUCAUCCAGCAUCUUCACACGGUCCUUUGCUGUUGUUCUAGGAUUGAUUUGCACUUUUCACAUCAAAGUACGUUCAUCUCUAGGAGACAGAACGCUUGUCCCUCCUGAGCGGUAUGACGGCUGCGUGGUCCCAUGGUGUUUGUACUUGGUACUAUUGUUUGUACAGAUGAACGUAGUACCUUCAAGCGUUUGGAAAUUGCUCACAAGGAUCAACCAGACUUGUGGAGGUCUACAAUUUUUUUCUGAGGUCUUGGCCGAUUUCUUUUGAUUUCCCCAUGAUGUCAAGCAAAGAGGCACUGAGUUUGAAGGUAGGUCUUGUAAUACAUCCAUAGGUGCACCUCCAAUUGACUCAAAUUAUGUCAAUUAGCCUAUCAGAAGCUUCUAAAGCCAUGACAAUUUUCUGGAAUUUUCUAAGCUGUGUAAAGGCACAAUCAACUUAGUGUAUGUAAACUUCUGACCCACUGGAAUUGUGAUACAGUGAAUUAUAAGUGAAAUAAUCUGUCUGUUAACAACUGUUGGAAAAAUUACUUGUGUCAUGCACAAAGUCGAUGUCCUAAUCGACUUGCCAAAACUAUAGUUUGUUAACAACAAAUUUGUGGAGUGGUUGAAAAACUAGUUUUAAUGACACCAACCUAAGUGUAUGUAAACCUCCGACUUCAACUGUAUUUUACACAGACAGACACCCUAACCAGCCCAGAACUGCGCCUGUUCCUUCCCUAACCCCCCAACAGAUGUCAAUGAAUGCCCAGGAAGACUGACUGUUGACCCCACAUCUCAAAGGUUAAAUGUCAUUCAGAGGUGAGGGUGGAGGGAUGUAGCUACUGAGCCACCUUGGGGCUGAUCCCCCACUGAGCCAAUCCACUACGUGACCUGACCACCUGAACCCACUGUUCUUGGUCUAUGGACCCAACUCACCAUACUCAAGGUAGAAGUUGCCUUGAGCUGAUCUCGGAUCAGCUUCCCCUCUUUAUAGCCUAACCUUUACCAUUGGCGGAAGAACUGCAAAAAUGUACCUUAGAUCAGCGUCUAGGCCUAGGGGAAACUGUGUCCUACUCCCAAUAGGUUCUGCUGUGUGCGGUUUGGUUUGGGAUGGAGGGAGGUAGAGGGUUAGGUGCUCUCUCCCCCAGGCUCCUGUCCUGCCUCCUGCACCCUGCACCUGUGGAGCUGACAACUAUCAACAGGAUGGGGACGGGGUACAAUUCUGAUCCUCUAUUCUACACUCUGGUACUACGUGAGCCAUACCCGACUACCAAUUUUACCAUAAUCAUUUACAUUUUUUAGAAGCCAUGUUGUCGUUGCCAGUGUCUUUUUUUUUUUUUUUUUUUUUUUACUGUAUUUUGUAUGUGUGCUUGAAUCGUUUAACAAGCCAUCUUGUGUCCCAUCUCUCUGUUUCCUGUCUGUCUGUCUGACGGCCAUCUAUCCGAUCCCUCCCCAGUUUCUCUGCUGUUGAAAUGCUCCGUUAUUAUUUCUCAAACGCAAGGCUAAUCCCAUCCACUUCACAUAAAAGCUGGACUUUGAUUUGACAUUUUACAGAAUCAAUGUGUUUCAUGUGCAGUUUUCCACGUACAGUUAGCUGUACAGUACAUAUAGCAUGGCUGGAACCUUCAAGUUGUUGGGACCUCGCUAUUUUAACUCAGACACACUGCCGUUCGUUAUCCAUGCCAUCCGUCACUCCGGAUGAGGCGACGGGUUUGGGAAGGUAGCUGCUUUUCAUCCGUGUUAGCUGUUAGUUUUGAGUACAGGGGAAGAGAGGUAGAGAGAGAGCUUAUGGUACAGAUCAGCAAAUCGAGUCUAUCUGGGUGUCGUGGAAAAGAGGAAAUGUAACCUCUUAGCCUCCUAUUUUCUCUCUUUCUUCCUCGUCUUACUUUCUCCCUCGGUUAAGCAAUCAAUGUCGGAGGAGGCAAGAUAAUUUUCCCAAUCUCCUGCUCUGUCUCCCCGAGGUUGAUUGACUUUGCAGAUUCAGUCCGCCUGUCUGCUCACAUUUGGUACAUGUACAUCAAGUCUCGCUCCGGCAUUAACAUCCAACUCUUCAGAUACACAAAGCUAGUUUAAAGUCCCGUUGGGAAAAUACAACUGUGGAGGUCAAUGGAUCAUUGUCAUAUUUCAAGUCUCCAUUGUAGGUCUUCCUGAAUUGUUACUAGUCUCCAGUUUAAGGAGAAGACGUACUAACAUACAUAUAUAAUUAGUAGGCAUCAGAUGGAAGAAAAUGUACUGAAACGGGGAGGGACUACCUGGACUUGUCCAAUAAGGAAUGAUCAUUUCCGUUUUUCAUUGCCCGUUCUAAUGAACAGGAUCUUGAAGAGGAAGUGAGUUUGUUUUAGCGUUGGGGGAGUUGUUUGAGCGUUUAGUUAGGUUGGUGCGUCAACCUCCGAUAACAGAGCAUCUGCACUGCUGUCCCUAAGGGACGCGCCAACACAUUAGAGAACAGAUGUUGCUUUUUAAUAACAAAUUAGAUGUUUUAUUGGACAUGCACACACACACACACACACUUUCUCUCUCUCUCUCUCUCUCUCUCACACACACACAUACACUGAAUAGGCCCCUGCAAAAUGGUGAUGCAAUGGCGGAAUGUAGUGUUUUCUUCCCUCUCCGGCAAUCUUGGUGCGUUGUGUGCCAUAAUUCCCAGGAUGCACAGGGAGCAGUGAGGGAUGUGAGACAAUGUGAUGUCACAACUAUUAUUCCUGUUUUACGCUGUAGUCAUCAGACUUCUAGCCUGUUUGACACUGUACAGUGUUCACUUUGGUUUAACCAGGCUAUCAGACUUCACAACAGAAAUCCCACAUUAUAAGCUGAAACAAUUCAAUUGUUCCUUCUCCUGCCAGAGGUUGAAAGAGGAGAAAUUCUAAAACAGGGGGGGGGGGGGUAAUGAUUUCUAUAAACUUUGCAUGUGUUCGAAUGUAGUGUCCCAGGAAAUAAUGGAAUUAUGGAAUAAGAUCUUGAGCUGACCAAGUCUUCACCGUGAUUUAACAAUAUGGCUGUUUUGACACCAGUCAUGGCAAAUAAAUAGCCUGACAACGUCAUCAUGAUACAUGCUGUCUCGUGCAAUAAAACUACUUCUAACUUGUUGCAUAGCCAACUAGUUGCCUAAAUAGCGUACUCAUGACAUUGUCAGUACUGUAGGCAUUAUGACCAUACUAUAGUUCAUGUAGUCCACUGUUUUAGUCAAAUUCUAACAUGUAUCAGAACACUUUCAGGAUCAUGUUGGUUCGCUCUCUGUGAUUUCAGCCGUGUAGAUUUCCAUUCUGUGUGUGUUCAUUUAUUAUAGUAAGAACGGAUUUGAUCAAAGCACAAGAGAACCUGCUGUAUCGCAAAUGUAAAACGUGUGCAAGUAAGAUGGGAUACAUACUGUACAUGCAUGAGUGCGUAAUCUGUGGAUAUGACGAGUACAGCCAUUGAUUGAUUGAUAGGUGACAGAAAAAUGAAUGUUUAUAUAUUUUAGCCGAGUGGGACUGGCUUUUGUCAGAAACUGAAAGCUGCACUGAAAAAUGUCUGAAAUCAAAGGCACCUCAAAUGUCAGCGUCAUGAAGCUCUGUGACUUCACUUUACAUGUUGUGUGCUUACAUGUUUUUGUUGUUGUUGAUAAAUGUUUUUAUUGUUUGUGUUCUCUCGCUUUUUCUCUCUCGGUCUCUGUGUUGUUCCAUUGGAUCAUUCUAUUCGCCUCGUGUUGAGUUGUGGGCGUAGUGACUCUUCCUUGCAGAAGGGGUGACCCUGGUGUUCUCUGUAGGCUAUGGCCAGUGGUGUGGACUAUGUGGAAAUACCGACCCUUUGACGAUUCACAGUCUCUGUCUAUCUAUCUGGUUCUUUCGUUGUAAACUGUACAGACUUCAACGCUAUAAUCCACACCAACUGAUACAGUGAACCGACCGUUUUAAUCCAACAUAUUGCUGUAACAAAAAAACUUCUUAUUUGGGCAGGAAUGUUAUAUACUGUAUAGAGUAUUUUAUUGAUUUUGAGGAGAAAUCUAUAUCUAAAAAUAAAAAAAAACGAUGUAUGUUUAAUUUUUCAUCUCAGGUUCCGAUGGACCAAAUAAAUAAAAACUAUUUUAAAAAAAUACAACUGUUAGUUCCUUAAUAUGUCCCUCUACUUAUGUAUCAGCUUUCUCUUCAGAGAGUACAUGUAGUCAAAAUGUCUGCAUGCAUUGUACAUUUGGCUGCAGUACGUUUAUAGCAUAUGUCAAUAUUAUUCUCUGUUUUUACUGGCCACAGUUCGAAGACAUGUGCACUUUGCUCGUCAGAAUCAGUUGCCCUACUCUUCUUCCUUUGUCCACUAGAAAGCACCUCAGCAUGUGAGACUGGGGCAGAGGAAUGUGCCUUGAUAACCAUGAACACGAGGUCAUAUGUCACCCAGAACCCCUUCCCAAACCACUUAACCCCCUAACAACCCUCUUACCGUCUACCCCUCCCAACCUCCGCCCCUGUUUGUCACUGAACCUCAAAGCUCAGGCUUCAGCGCUUUGCCUUGCCCCCCAGCCCAGCUCGGAGGGGAAUAGGUUUUCACUACCGGCCCCACUGUUUGGUGGUAGCGUUGCACAACCACCACCUAACCUGAGGAGCAGUCUCGAGUGAGGAAGAGACUAGAAAGAGACCAAGUGAAGAAGAAAAGUCUAGACCACUUUCCUCUGAAACAGACCUGACCAGGUAUUGUACAUUUUGGUUGGUUUACAAGUUUCCCAGCAUUGUUAUAAUUUGUCUGCAUAGUGGUUCAGGACAGAAAUGUGUUUAGCGAUUUAAAAUGGACAGCCUGUCUGUAGUGAUUUUAGACUAUUGUAUCAACUUCGUGGUCACUUGAGAAAUAAAACUUCUUCUUGUGGGAAAUGUAAUAUGCUUUGCUCUCCUUGUGCCCUGUAGAUAUGAAAAAUACUAAUAUACUGUAGUUAUUUCAAUUUGGCUCAAUUAAUGAUAGGACCAGGGUUUUUUCAGGGUGGAAAAAUCUAGUUUUGUCACACCCUGAUCUGUUUCACCUGUUCCUGUUAUUGUCUCCACCCCCUCCAGAUGUCGCUUAUUUUCCCCUGUGUAUUUAUCCCUGUGUUUCCUGUCUCUCUGUGCCAGUUCGUCUUGUAUGUUUCCAAGUCAACCAGCAUUUUCCCCAUUCUACCUGUUUUUUGUAUUCUCUUUUUUCUAGUCCUCCCGGUUUUGACCCUUGCCUGUUUCUGGACUUUGUACCCGCCUGCCUGACCAUUCUGGCUGUCUUGACCACGAGACUGUCUGCCACUGUACCUCCUGGACUCUGAUCUGGUUUUGACCUUUUUGCCUGUCCACGACCGUUCUCUUGCCUACCCCUUUGGAUGAAUAAACACUGUUUCGCCUUGUGCCUUGAUCCUUUUGAAUUAAUUAUGCAAUGCAUUUUUUUGCAUAUGAAUAUGUCUUAUUCUGACUAAGAUACACCGUUUCACACUUCUUUGAAACUGUAUGUGAGGUUCCAGAAAUGAACUUCUGUACCUCUAUACAGUUCAAAGUUACACAGGCCUACACGGUAUAGCCAGUAUGUGGGUAGACGUAUACUCCAGAGCAUGUCAAGUUACUUUAGCCUUUAAUUCACUUCUGCAGUGCUUUUGGAGCCAGUCCUGUCAAAUAUAGAGUUUCAAGACAUCUUUCUCAGGGUGUACCCUCUCAUGUUCACCACUAAGAGAGCAAUAAAUAUCAAAAUAUACAGUAUAUUGCACGGCAUAAUGUAAAUGUAUUUUCUAAUACUGUGUAGAAAUAUAACUUUCUUAUUACAAUGUGAUUAUUAUAGGUAAAGGUGAUUUGUAUUUUACAGAAUAACUUACAACAUAAGUUUUAUGCAUGUUAUGUACUCUGUAAUAAAUACUAUAUAGAAUGCACUCCACAAAAAUAAAAUUAAUAAAAAAUCUUUAUAAAUUGA